ACCAUACUCUCCCGCGCUUGUUCCGAUGAGUAUUUUAGUGCAGUUCGAACUACUUUUCAAGAUUUACUCGUAUUUAAUCUAAAUCUAAAACUCUUAAUGACGAAUUGACGAUAAAUGUGUGUGUAUAUAUAUCUGUAGCUGGAUCCGCGCUGGAUUUGGAUAAAUCAACCCCCUUAUUUUCUCCAUCCCAUUUACAACCUACAAUUUACGCCUCGGAACUGCAAAAUUUGACUUAAGAAGAAGAACACGGAAUGGAAUCGCCCAAGAAGCCUCUUGUAUUUGCCUACUAUGUUACCGGGCAUGGAUUUGGCCAUGCCACUCGUGUUGUUGAGGUUGUUCGUAAUCUCAUUCAAGUUGGACAUGAUGUUCAUGUGGUUACCGCUGCUCCUGACUACGUUUUCACUACUGAAAUACAGUCACCUAGACUCUUCAUCCGGAAGGUGCUAUUGGAUUGUGGAGCUGUUCAAGCAGAUGCCUUGACUGUUGACCGUCUUGCCUCACUGGAAAAGUAUGUCCAGACUGCUGUAGUCCCUCGGGCUUCUAUUUUGGCCACAGAAAUUGAAUGGCUGAAAUAUAUCAAGGCUGAUUUAGUGGUUUCAGAUGUUGUUCCUGUUGCAUGCCGAGCAGCUGCAGAUGCUGGAAUUCGUUCUGUUUGUGUGUCGAACUUCAGUUGGGAUUUCAUCUACGCAGAAUAUGUCAUGGUGACUGGAUACCACAGUCGCAAUAUCGUUUUGCAGAUCGCUGAAGAUUAUUCUCAUUCUGAGUUUCUAAUACGUCUUCCAGGAUACUGCCCAAUGCCUGCUUUUCGUGAUACUGUUGAUGUGCCUCUUGUUGUGAGGAGAUUACACAAGAAUCGAGCAGAGGUUAGGAAAGAGCUUGGAAUUAAGGAAGACGUCAAAAUUCUUAUAUAUAAUUUUGGUGGACAGCCAGCUGGAUGGAAGAUAAAGAAGGAAUAUCUACCUGAUGGAUGGAUAUGCUUGGUCUGUGGAGCUUCAGAAGGGCAAGAGCUUCCUGAAAACUUUAUGAAGCUUCCAAAAGAUGUUUAUACACCUGAUGUAAUUGCUGCUUCAGACUGCAUGAUUGGUAAAAUUGGAUAUGGCACAGCAAGUGAAGCUUUGGCAUACAAGGUUCCUUUCAUCUUUAUACGCAGAGAUUAUUUUAAUGAAGAACCAUUUGUGAGGAACAUGCUUGAGCGCUUUCAAUGUGGUGUGGAGAUGAUUAGGAGAGAUUUGCUUACUGGGCAUUGGACUCCGUAUAUUGAACGGGCUGUUACUUUGAAACCUUGCUAUGAGGCAGGCACCAAUGGUGGUGAGGUGGCUGCUAAAAUACUUCAGGAUACAGCUUUUGGAAAGGAUCAUGCUCCAUCUAAGCUUAGUGGGCCAAGGAGGUUGCGAGAUGCCAUUGUCCUUGGGUAUCAGCUUCAGAGAGUUCCUGGGAAAGACAUAGCUGUGCCAGAGUGGUAUACACAUGCACAAAAUGAACUAAAUAUCCGCACUCCAUCGCCAGAUAAUAAUGUUAUCCUGAGUAGCUCCUUUACAAAAGAAUUUGAGGACUUAGAAAUUCUGCAUGGAGAUCAUCAUGGUCUUUCAGAUACAAUAGCGUUCUUGAAGAAUUUGACAGAACUGCAUGACUUAAACAACCCUGGAAAUAGAAGUAUGCAACACUCACGUGAGCAGCUUGCAGCUGCUGCACUGUUUAACUGGGAGGAUGAGAUAUUUGUUGCCAGAGCACCUGGGAGGUUAGACGUAAUGGGAGGAAUUGCAGACUAUUCAGGAAGUCUAGUCCUGCAGAUGCCCAUUAGAGAGGCAUGCCAUGUUGCCAUUCAACGGAAUCAUCCAAGUAAACACAAGUUGUGGAAACACACUCAGGCCAGGCAGCAUACUAAAGAACGGGGCCCAAUACCUGUACUUCAAAUAGUAUCAUUUGGCUCAGAACUGAGUAACCGAGCACCCACAUUUGACAUGGACUUGUAUGAUUUUAUGGAUGGUGAGCAGCCGAUUUCUUACGAGAAAGCAUAUCAGUACUUUGCUGCAAACCCAUCGCAAAAGUGGGCAGCAUAUAUCGCUGGCACGAUUCUGGUAUUGAUGACUGAGUUGGGCGUUCGGUUUGAGGACAGUAUCAGCAUACUGGUACGAUUUCCAUCCUUUCUUGCAGGAUUGGAUAUUGCCCCAAGGGAUCUUGCUUUGCUUUGCCAAAAGGUGGAAAAUCAUGUUGUGGGUGCUCCUUGUGGAGUGAUGGAUCAAAUGGCUUCUGCAUGUGGUGAAUCAAACAAACUUCUUGCAAUGGUGUGUCAGCCUGCUGAGGUACUAGGACUCGUGGACAUCCCACCUCAUAUACGAUUUUGGGGUAUUGAUUCUGGUAUACGACACAGUGUUGGCGGUGCAGAUUAUGGAUCCGUGAGAAUAGGUGCCUUCAUGGGUAGGAAGAUAAUAAAGUCCAUGGCAUCUGAGUGUUUGAAAUCCUUAUUAUCAAACAACACCACUUCACAGCCAGUCAAUGGGGUGAACUCCUGUGAAAUGGAGGGUAAUGGCAUGAAUUUGCUCGAAAAUGAGGCUUCAUUGGAUUAUUUGUGCAAUCUGUCACCUCACCGAUACGAGGCAUCUUAUGUGAAUAGGCUUCCGGAGAUUCUACACGGCAAUGAUUUUGCGGCAAAUUAUGUUCAUCAUGAUGAUUCAGUAACAGUAAUUGAUAAAAAGCACAAUUAUGCAGUAAGAGCGCCUACCAGACAUCCCAUUUAUGAGAACUUCCGAGUCAAGGCUUUCAAGGGAUUAUUGUCUGCGGCUUCUUCGGACGAUCAACUUUCUGCUUUAGGAGAACUUAUGUAUCAGUGUCAUUACAGCUACAGUGCUUGUGGACUUGGGUCACACGGGACAGAUAAGCUGGUAGAACUGGUACAGGAAAUCCAGCACGGGAAACUCUCAAAGUUCGAAAAUGGAACUUUAUACGGGGCAAAGAUUACUGGUGGAGGUUCUGGCGGAACAGUUUGUGUUAUCGGCAGGAAUCGUUUAAGAAGCAGCGAACAAAUUCUCAAGAUUCAGCAGAAGUACAAAGCUGCCACUGGUUUUUUGCCAUUUGUGUUCGAAGGUUCUUCGCCCGGUGCUGGAAAGUUUGGCUAUCUGAAAAUACGCCUCUGGUCAGGCUCACAGCUUAAAUAAUUUCCAAAAAUAAAGGUGACUUUUAAGACGAGAGAGAGGCAUAAAAAAUAUAGUAACCUUUUGCAACAAAUAGACAUUAGAAGUCCAAUUAUUGGUUUUUCAUUCUCAUUGGAGAGAGGAAAUACAUUUCAUCUUCAUGUCCCUAAUAAUGUGUUUGGGUCAUGGAAUAAAUAAAUUUGUAUCUAAUCAUCAAGAUGAACUAAUUGAACAUCAUUUUAAGACUCA